GCCGGGAGCCGUGCGCUGGCGGUGCGUGGGUAGCUGGCGGCAGCGAUGCUCAACUGCUGGGAAGCCGCGCUGGGCGCCGCCGUCUCCGUCCCCGUCUUUCUUUUCGUGGCAGCGCCCUACAUCAGGCGCUAUGUCGCUGGAGGACGGUGUAAGUCAACAGCAAGGCUGGAGGGGAAGGUGGUGAUAAUCACAGGAGCCAACACAGGCAUCGGGAAGGAGACCGCCAGAGACCUGGCACGAAGAGGUGCAAGGGUAAUUAUUGCUUGCAGAGACACGGCAAAGGCAGAAGCUGCAGCCAGUGAAAUCCGAGCCGAGACAGAGAACCAGGAAGUCAUUGCGAAAAAACUGGACUUGGCUGAUACUAAGUCCAUCCGGGAGUUUGCUGAGAGAUUUCUAGCAGAGGAGAAGGAACUCCAUAUUCUCAUUAAUAAUGCUGGGGUAAUGUUAUGCCCUUACUCCAAGACUGCUGAUGGCUUUGAGAUGCAGCUGGGAGUCAAUCAUCUCGGCCAUUUUCUCCUGACCUUCCUGUUGCUGGAGCGUCUGAAGCAGUGUGCCCCCGCCCGCAUCGUGAACGUGUCCUCCCUGGCUCACCACGGCGGCCGCAUCCGCUUCCACGAUCUGCACGGGGAGAGGAGCUACAACCGCGGCCUGGCCUACUGCCACAGCAAGCUGGCCAACGUGCUCUUCACCCGCGAGCUGGCCCGGCGCCUGCAGGGCACUAAAGUCACAGCAAACGCUCUCCAUCCCGGGUCUGUGUACUCAGAUCUGGUCCGGCACUCGUCUGUAAUGACCUGGCUGUGGAAGAUAUUCUCCUUCUUCUUGAAGACACCUUGUGAAGGAGCUCAGACCAGUAUCUACUGUGCAGUAGCUGAGGAGCUGGAGUCUGUGACAGGACAGUAUUUCAGUGACUGCCAGCCAGCGUACGUAUCUCCACGUGGCCGGGAUGAUGAGACGGCAAAGAAGCUCUGGAGCGUGAGCUGUGAGCUCCUUGGCAUCCAGUGGGACUGAGCAGCACCAAGAGUGUCCCUGGCUGGGCCCAGCCAAGCUUCUCCAGGGAACAGCACUGCUGAGAGACCUCAAGAGUACAACACUGAUACUUCAGCUGCCCUAAGGAUGGCUCUGCGGGCACGACAUAAGUUGAAUUUCUGCAAUAUUACACUUAAGGAUUGAGAUUUGUAAGCAAUCGGUCCCUCUUCCCAGCUGGAGAAUUAGAGCACUAAUGCAGGGAGCAACCUGCUUGUUAUCUCACACAGCACCUCGAGGCUGUGGUUCUCUGGCUUUAGAAUAGAAAGGGAGGUUGCAGUCUUAGGUUUAGAGUAUGAAGUAACAAGGCAUUACUUUAAAUAAAGUUUGGUUGUUUUUUUCCCUAACAGCAAUAGUAAUGAGGUAGGACUCUAAACUUAUGAGUUUAGUAUGACUCUGAACUAUGAGAUUAUUUUCAGUUCCUACCCUUUGAACUGGCAGAGCAAAAAUACUUUGGGAUAUUAAAUUUUCUGGAAAGUUAUGCAAUACUCUUUAGCACACAAAAACAGGUCCUGGCCUUUUUGUGCCAAGCAUUAGGUAAAAUUUUUUACACGGAAUCACUUUCUCUGCAUGCUCUGUAAGAAGCUGGACCCUAGCCACUGAGGUAUCAUGGCCCUUAAUACCCACUGAUUGCAGUAGGUUUAUUGGGGGUUGGCAAACCUUCUGAGAACCCAGGUUUUGGUGCAGGUGACUAAGAGGUUAAAAGCUGCCGGAGGGCUGCAAUUGUGCACAGACAAGUUAUUAAAAAAAUCAGCAUCUCUCUCAUGAAGCAUUGAACAAAGAUGGUGUAAAAGUUGUCACAGUAACCCCCCCCCCAGCUGCACUUUAAAUUACUUUAGAACCUAGAAAAUAGAGCAGAAUGAACAAGGAACAUCUCAACCAUGUUAAAAAAUAUUAAACAACUUCAGCUGAGACUUUAGCUUUAAAUGACACCAAACCUCCUAGAGCUAAAUAGCUGAAGCAGGAGGCAGGACCAUCUUGGUAUUACGGUCAAGCUGGCCCCAGGACAGGAAGGUAAGAAAUCCUUGUGCUUGUCUGCCCAGCAGCUACGGGGCAGGCAAUGCCUGGCUGCCAGCCAAGGCUGCCUGGCUGCCCCUGCAGGACCACACAGCUUGCACUCCCACCAAGCAGCUGCCUCAGGCCACACAGCUCUGGGACUGCUCCCUUGGAGCCCCAGUGCUACGUGAGUGCAAACUGCUGGAGUGCAAUCCGUGAUCAGAGAUUAUUUCUGAAAGAGUUAAGCAGUCAGAAACCAAGUGCCACAGCUCAUAGGAUUAUCUUCUGCUUCUGAAAAAAUGCCUAGAAGUUUUUGGACUUGCAUAUGAACCUGCCACUGUGACCAACUGCCCGUUGUGGAAAACCAAUGCUAAUUUUAAUUCUUCCUGUCUGGAUGCUGUCUAUGCAGAUGAGUCCUGUGCUACCUCUGAGCAAUACUAAAUAAAACCAUUUUCCUUUUACAA